GAAUAAAUACUGUAAACAGGACGCCGCUUGCUGUGUGUGCAUGACCACUGAUGGCUGAAGAAGUAAGAGAUGAGGAGCUAACAGCAGUCGUCCACACUUCAAGAAACACUAAGUCAUCUUAAGAGGCAUGGAGGCUGUUUUGCCAUCUGCACCGAGCCAACAUCAGAUAAAAACAGAACAAAACACACAACGUGCACCACCUACAAAUGGCAUCUUGUUGUUGCAAACUAUCGAUCUGGCUUCUGACUUGAGCUGCUCUGUACGAGUUAAACAGGAGUCGGAUCUACCUCAGCCCGAAUAUUUGCCUCGUCCUCAAUUUAAAGAAAUAAAAGAAGAGUCUACUGAGAUGAAUGAAUUCAUUAAAAAGGAACAGCGUGACAACUCUAGACUGACACUAAUCAGUGAAGCAUCUCGUCAGGGUGAUGAAAAAUUACCACAUGGCCUGAUUCCUCCAAUUGAAAUGGAAGACGAUGACUGUGAUGUAGAAUGUCCAGAAAACUUAAACACGUGUCUAAAUACAUUUUUAAAUAAAAAAAGAAAUGCUGCUCAAGUAAAGCUUCAUGCUUCAAAUACAGACAGGAAAUGCACACGCAAACAGAGAAAGGCACAGAAACGUACGAAGUAUCGCUGUAUAUCACGCGCCGAGGGUGAAGAAAUAUUCUGCUGUGAAACUUGUGGAAAAGAGUUCAAACGGUACGACCUUCUCAGUGACCACAGGAGAGGGCACGGCAGAAAAAGGCCGUACGCCUGUGAUCAGUGUGGCAUGAUGUUUGCCAAACCUGCUUAUCUGAAAAUCCAUCUGCGCAGACAUGCUGGGGAAAGGGCAUUUCCUUGUGACCAGUGUGAUAAGAGGUUUUUUGACAAGUACGACUUAGGAGUGCACCAGCGAGAUCAUACAGGAGAGAGACCGUACGCAUGCCGAGAGUGUGGAAAGAGCUUCAAGCGGAUUUAUAUCCUAAACAAGCACAAGAAGACUCAUUCAAAUGAAAAACCUUUUGAGUGCAAUGUCUGCGGAAAAGCUUAUAAAUAUGGUUACAGUUAUAGGUUACACAUGAAAAAUCAUUCGGCAUAGAAAGGUCACACAGCAAAAAAAGUAAGAUUGAAAAAGAGCUUAAAAAAAACCCUGAAAAAGAAUGACACUGUAUUAGGGCUAUUGAAAAAAAAAAAAAAACAACUCAAUUUCUGAGGUUAAAGUCAAAUAUUUGCAAGGAAAAAAAAAUCAGAUAUUCUCUGAAAUUUAAAAAGUCACAAAUUUACGAGAAAGAAACUUGGAAAAACAAUUGCGUGUGUGUUUGGGGGGGUUGUCAAGUAACCAGAUCUUUACUUUGCAAGGUUGGAUCAAUGUCAUCGCACCACAGACUCCACGGCUGAGCUGAGAGUUAUAAGAAAUACAGUCUUCCCUCCUUGAUCGUGCAGUAUAAAAGCAUAAAGAGCAUGUGGUUGUCUCAGAGAAUGUCCAGGGUUUUUUUCCUCCUUCAUAAAUUUUUGACUUUUUAAUUUUGGAAUUUCUGAGUUUUUCUUGCAACUUUAUGACUUCAUAAUGUCAGUCUAUAUCUGAUAUUUUUUUUUCUCACGAGUUUACAACUUUUAAUCUUUUCUUUUUUUUUUCCUCAGAAUGUUACCCCCUCCCUCAGUUCUUCUUUUUUUAUUUUAGUUUUUAUUGAUGCGGGCGACACAGUGGUGUAGUGGUUAGCACUGUCGCCUCAUAGCAAGUAGGUCCGGGUUCGAGCUCCGUGGCCGGCAAGGGCCUUUCUGUGUGGAGUUUGCAUGUUCUCCCCAUGUCUGCGUGGGUUUCCUCCGGGUGCUCCGGUUUCCCCCACAGUCCAAAGACAUGCAGGUUAGGUUAACUGGUGACUCUAAGGUGGUGUUUACAUUAGACCGUAUCAGUGGAUCAUCAGAUUAACGUUUUUAAAAUGAUUCGCGUACACACAGCAACGCCAAUACACGAUUCGCGUGCACACAGCAACGCCAAUACACGGAUACGCUAAUCACAUGACUAAUUAGACGGCACGUCACAUGAUUCCAGUGCAUAUCGGGCAUGCGCAAGUCACUCACCACUUGCAAGUGGAAGGAUGGCAAGCGAACACCUUCUCCAGCAGAUAAACACACCUGGCUGUGAUGUUCAUGUUCUCACUGAGUUUAAGCGCCUGAAGGAGGUUGAAAUGUGUAAAUAAACGUCAGUGCAGCUCAGCGCUUCCUCCUGCGCUCCAAAUCACUCCGCCCUGAACAGCGAGUGCCCUCUGGAGGGUGCACACUCCGGCCCUGCGCAGCUCACAGAGUGCGCGAGUGAAGCGCACGAGCAGUGAUUCGGGACUGAGCCGCUGUGUGUGUGAUCCCAACGCCAGCGAAUCAGGAAGGUGGAUGUCACAGUGACGUUGUCCAAUGACGACGUCAGCUAGAGCUCAGCACUGCGUUUCCUCGUAUCCUCAAUGUUUACACAGCACCGGAUCAGAUACGAACUGGGUUGAAUACGUGGACCCUGGCGGAUUCCCGUUUCCCGGCUUUUUAAUGUGAACGGACAGUGCAUCCACGACGAAAAUGAGACAGAUACGGUCUAAUGUAAAUGCCACCUAAGUUGACCGUAGGUGUGAAUGUGAGUGUGAAUGGUUGUCUGUGUCUAUGUGUCAGCCCUGUGAUGACCUGGUGACUUGUCCAGGGUGUACCCCGCCUUUCGCCCGUAGUCAGCUGGGAUAGGCUCCAGCUUGCCUGCGACCCUGUAGAACAGGAUAAAGCGGCUACAGAUAAUGGAUGGAUGGAUUUUAUUAAUGCAUUAUUUUCACAUUUUGUUGUUUAAUUUCUUUCAAAUGGAAUUAUUCCUUUUAGCCUGGCAACACAAAAGGUUUUUAAUAUCAUACAAUUUAAGAAAAUAUUGUUUUGUUUUUAAAAUAACAAACAUUGUGAAAAUGCUUAAAAUCGAUAAAUAUAUUUCUGCAGUCCUUUUUGCAGUUUGUACUGAGAACGUGUGGAAUCGGUUGUUUUAGCGAUCACAUGACUACUGUGUAUACAAAUUAAGGAAAUCGUCUGCUAUGUUACAGAACUCACUCUAGCAGAGGGGAUCUGUCUUUCAUCACAUUUGACUUGAGAAUCCACUUUGAAAAAAUUGCACUGAUUAUUCCAGAGUGUGUGUAAUACCUGUAAUUCUACUCUGAUUUUGUUUCCUCAAGUGAGUGAAGUGUUCGCUUUUAACCCUGAAUGUCAUGGUAUACUUUAUGUACAGUGGCAUGCAAAAGUUUGGGCACCCUUACUGAAAAUGUCUGUUCCUGUGAAUAGUUAAGUGAGCAGAAGAUGAACUGAUCACCAAAAGGCAUAAAGGUAAAGACGACAUUUCUUUUCAGCGUUUUCUGCAAGAUUUGUGUAUUAUUUUUGUUUUGUACAAUUGGAGAAUGAAAAAAGAAAAGGAACACCAUGCGAAAGUUUGGGCACCCCAAUACAUUUGAGUUCUCAGGUAACUUUUACCAAGGUUCCAGACCUUAAUUAGCUUAUUGAGCUGUGGCUUGUUCAAAUUCUUCAUUAGGAAACGUCAGAUGAUGCAGAUUUCAAAGCUGUAUAAAUUCUCUGACUCCUCAAACUUGUCCCUAAAAUCAACAGCCGUGGGCUCCUCUAAGCAACUCCCUCGCAUUCUGAAAAAUAAAAUAAUUGAUGCUCACAAAGCAGGAGAAGGCUACAAGAACAUAGCAAAGUGUUUUCAGGUAGCUGAGUCCUCAGAUUGUAAUGUUAUUAUGGCAGUUAACAGAAACAGUCGAGAUCAAGGUGAGGUCUGGAAGAUGAAGAAAACUUUCUGAAAGAACUGCUCGUUGGAUUGCUAGAAAGGCAAAUAAAAAAAAAACCCUGUUUGACUGCAAAAGACCUUCAGAAAGAUUUAGCAGACCCUGGAGUGGUGGUGCGCUGUUCUACUACGCAGCGACACCUGAACAAAUAUGACCUUCAUGAGAGAGUCAUCAGAAGAAAAUCUUUCCUGCAUCCUAGCCACAAAAUUCAGCAUCUGAAGUUUGCAAAUGAACAUCUAAAUAAGCCUGAUGCAUUUUGGAAACAAGUCCUGCGGACUGAUGAAAUCAAAAUAGAACUUUUUGGCCACAAUGUGCAAAGGUAUGUUUGGAGAAAAAAGGGUGGCAAAUUCCAGGAAAAGAACACCUCUCCAACUCUGAAGCAUGGGUGUGGAUCGAUCAUGCUUUGGGGUUGUGUUGCAGCCAGUGGCACAGGGAACAUUUCAUUGGUCGAGGGAAGCAUGGAUUUGAAUAAAUACCAGCAAAUUCUGGAAGCAAACAUCACACCAUCUGUAAAAAAGUUGAAGUUAAAAAGAGGACGGGUCCUACAAUAAGACGAUAAUCCAAAACACACCUCAAAAUCUACAACGGAAUACCUCAAGAGGCACAAGCUGAAGGUUUUGCCCUGGCCCUCACAGUCCCCUGACCUAAACAUCAUUGAAAAUCUGUGGAUAGAUCUCAAAAGAGUAGUGCAUGCAAGACAGCCCAAGAAACUUGUAGAACUGGAAGCCUUUUGCAAGGACGAAUAUGUGAAAAUCCCCCAGGUAAGAACUGAAAGAUUAUUAGCUGGCUACAAAAAGUGUUUACAAGCUGUGAUACUUGCCAAAGGGGGUGUUACUAGGUACUAACCAUGCAGGGUGCCCAAACUUUUGCUUCAAGCCCUUUUCCUUUUAUCAUUUUGAAAAUGUAAAAGAUGAAAAUAAAAAAAAAUGUUUUUGCUUAAAAUAUAAAGGGAAUGAGUCAUCUUUAACUUUAUGCCUUUUGGAGAUCAUUUCAUCUUCAACUUGCUUAACUGUUCACAGUAACAGCAAUUUUGACCAAGGGUGCCCAAACUUUUGCAUACCACUGUAUUAGUUUAAUUAUAAUAAUAAACACUUUUGGAGAUUUGUUCUUUGCUUUGGCAUCUUUUCCUGACAACAACAAAAUGAUUAAACAAUGACUGUGUGUUGUUAUUGCUCAGGUUAUGUUUCAGAUAUUUUAAGAGUACAUUUUCUCAAAAAGCCCUGAUUAUUUCUUUGGACCUGUUUCAUGCUCUCUGUAUUUAUUUAACCAAUGAAUGAAUGGAUGAAUGAAUGAAUCAUUUAAAAUGUUUGCAAAUCAGUGAAAUGAAUGAGGGUGGCAUGGUGGUUAGCACUGUUGCCUCGCAGCAAGAAGGUUCUGGGUUCGAGCCCAGUGGCCGGUGAUGGCCUUUCUGUGUGGAGUUUGCAUGUUCUCCCCGUGUCUGCAUGGGUUUCCUCCGGGUGCUUCGGUUUCCCCCACAGUGCAAAGACAUGCAGGUUAGGCUAAUUGACCCUAGGUGUGUGUGUAAAAUGUGUCAGGCCUGCGAUGACCUGGCGACUUGUCCAGGGUGUACCCUGCCUCUCGCCCAUAGUCAAUUGGGAUAGGCUCCAGCUUGCCCAUGAUCCUGCACAGGAUCCAUAAUGGAUGGAUGGAUGGAUGGAUGAAAUUAAUUAAUACAGAAAGAAAUUUAUGAUGUGUGUAUGAAGUUAAAUAAUAUAUAAUUAGGCAAGGCAAGUUUAUUUAUAUAGCGCAUUUCAUACACAGUGGCAGUUCAAUGUGCUUUACAGAGGUAAAGGCAAAACAGUAAACAAUAGAAAAUAAAAUUACAUAAAAUAAAGGGGGAAGAAGAGAGAAAAAAAAAAAGAAUUAAACAGUAGUAGAAAUAAAAUAAUAAAAUGAAGUAAAAGUUCAGUAAAAACAGCAGAAUAAAAUAGAAUAAAAGUUAAGUAAAGUUUAAAACAUGUAAAGAUGAUGAUCUCAUCUCUUUAUCUCUAGCCGCUUUAUCCUGUUCUACAGGGUUGCAGGCAAGCUGGAG